CCAGGAUACCCUUAUGUGAUUUUGAUUAGAUGUGCGAUCAUGAGUAGUCCGAGAUGUAAAUUAACUUUACAAGAGUUAUAUGAAUCGAUCAUGGAACGAUUUCCGUAUUAUCGUACGGCAGGUAAAGGUUGGAUGAAUUCGAUUCGACAUAACUUGAGUUUGAAUAAAUGUUUUGUUAAACAACCUAGACAUAUUUUAGAUCCAGGUAAAGGAUCAUAUUGGACAGUUGAUCUUGAGGCUGAAGUUUCG